UAAUCCUUGUCGCCGUUGUUGCCGUCGUCAUCGCCGUCGUCGUCGUCGUCGUCGUGGUCGUCGUUGACUUUGUGUCGUAUACGUUAUCAUUGUUGUGUUAUUUUACGGUAGGACAAAUGGUGCGGUGAAGACGUCGACGACGUCGUCGAGUCGUGUAAGAGUCAAAGAGGGUAUAAUAAGUAAGAUGGGUAACCAGGUGUCACGAAGUGGUGGUACCACCGGGAAGAAGACGUUUUCUCCUAGUGAAGCUCAAAAUAAUGCUCAAGAAAAAUCGCAUGGUCAAAGCAACAAGAAAGCUAUGUCUCGUACAGCUUCCGGAGCUGAUAUUGAACACUCUACUCACACACAGUUCCUACCCCUUGAUAACUUAGCUAAGAUAUUGGUUGGUCUUGCUCAAAAAGAAGAAUCAGUUAAUGGAGUAACGAGUAGUGUAUUUGAAAGAUAUCUGUUCCCACGGUACAGUGAAUUUGCUGAGCGUUUAUUCGCAUAUCUACAUACAUCAUCCAAGGCUACGACUACUCAUUUGGGUCUGGCUGCAUUCAAACAACAAGCUGAGAGAUUUCUGGGUAUAAUGAAAGACCGUACCAUCCUUGAGAACUACAUCAAGAUGUACUCACGCAGCAGUUCCAGCUCAGAGUGCUGCGAAGUAACGCCCGAUUCUUUAAGAGCCUUACUGAUGACUUCCUAUCGUCUCGCCAUGGAGAACUACAGUGGCGGAUCGCAAACGUGCCUUCAUAUUCACCGCACCAUUGAUGCAGUUCUUAUCUCUUGCUUCCAUGGUAAGGACAGUCUCUCAGUAAGUUACGUGGCUAAUUGGCUGUCCCAACAUUGUCCACGCAUCGUGCAAGGACUCCACCGUUACGUGGUGCACGUAUUAACCACAGCUUACCGUAAUGGAGAAACGCUCUUAUCGCAAGAACGCUCCCAGCUACGUUUAGAACCAGGAACACCUGUUCUGGAGAAAACGACAUUUGAAGGACUUAAACCACUGCUGCCUGUUAGUCACGCAUGGCUAUUAUCUACCAUUUUACCUAUAUCUUACACACAGGCAGAGGAUCCUCCUUCGGAAGCAUCAGGAGGAGCUAGCCAUGCAUUAAUAGCGAAGAUGGUUGGAAAUGCUUGUCCAAGUCAUUGGACUUUACUGUAUAACAGCGGACAACAUGGUAAUGGUGCCAAUCGAUUUUUGCAUCAUGUCCUUGGGUACAGGGGACCUACGCUCUUAUUCAUAAGAGGUGUAAGUCUUGACGAAGCUGAUGACUGUCCAACCUACUGUGUCUGUUCUGCUGUCGAGUGGAGAGAGUCUCAUCUCUACUGGGGCGACGAGGAUUCUAUUGUUAUCGAGCUCUUACCUACCUACAGGGUCGUGGAGAAAGGGCCAAAACUUUUGUACUUAAACACUGGUAUUAGAGGUUAUCCACAGGGUAUACGAGCAGGUUCUGACCCUCGAAAUCCCUGUGUCAACAUAGAUCAAUCCUUUGGUUCUGUUAAGUUGGCUGGUGUACCUUACCGUAUUGCAAGCUUAGAGGUUUGGGGCUGUGGAGACAGAAAAUCAAGAGAAAGACAAUUGGAAAUCAAAAAGUGGCAAGUUAAGGAAGCUGAAAGACAAAGAGUAGUGAAACUUAGUACAACAGAUUGGCUAGACCAUCCUGAUCGUUACUUAUUGGAACUGGCUGGCAGACCAUCUUAUAAUAAUGCCGGCAGCUAAUUUACCACCAUUUUACAAGUUCGAUUGAUUCUUGUUCGAUUUUGUACAUAUUGUACAUAACGAGCGCAGACUUACAAUUAGUUUUAUACGCUAUACGGUGGUAUUAUAUACACAUACGUUUAUGUAUAUUGGCUUAAAAAUUGGUUUAGGUGAAGGGUCACGUGCAGAAACGCUACACGAGUAAUCGUGAUUUGAUGGGAAUUUCAAUAUUUACCGUUUCUCUUAUUUUCUUCUUUUCUCACCUUAUCCUAUCUAUAUCAAUUAACGCGGUGCCAUAAUAUUUUGUUUCCCUUCAUUUUUAUCCAAAAGUAAUUUUUCCUCACGUGAUAGCAAAAGUGCCUUUCCUUUGCCGCGACCUUGUAAUCUUAACUUUUAGUGAUACGUACAUAGUACUUUUACAUGAUCAUUAUGAUCAUAUUCGAAUAAUAUGUACUUAAACGAACGAGUAUUGGACAUUCCGCCGAAGUACUGAUAUUCUCCUAUAUAUUUUUUCUUGUGAAUUUCACUUCGUUCGUUUCGUUAAUUAUGAUUCGGUUUUGUGCAGUAUACCACUAAUGUAUGGAACGAUUAAAUUCGCAGACGAUGUACUUAAAGCGAAAGAUGCAAGAUUCAGCGAAAUUUAAAACUUAUAUUUUUUAACGUCUGUCUUACACAAGUAUUCUUCGUGAUUCUGGAAGCGGAUAGGAUAUAAACAAGGAUUAAUUAAUUCGCCCGGACACGAACAGACUUUUAAUUGUAUUUUAUCGAGACUUAAAACUCUUGAAACAUGAUUACUUAACGAACGCGUUAUAUUUGUUUGAUGUACUAUAAAUAAAUAUAUCUUUAAAGUA